AUUCCGUUUUUUUUCGCCGCAGUUAGGCAACUGAUAAACAAUGGUCGAUCCAGGACCGCCAAACUGGCUCUACGAAUUCAGGCAGUGCGUUUCAUCAACCGAAGAUGCCCUGGAAUGCGCGAAGCUGGCUGCUUCGUACAAUCCGCACAGCCAGCGUCUGGAGAAUGUAGACCUAACCGAAAGGUAUCAUGGUGACUCUUCUGACAGCGAUACCACUGAUUGCAGUGAUGUAACACUGGGAACAGUGUCAGAUGUGUACAUGUGUGGAUAUUCCGCCUUCAUAAAGAGCCGUGAUGUCCAACUGGACCUUGCUAAAGUCUACCUGCUUAUAUCCAAGGCUUUGAAGUCGUCCAGGGGACUACAGCCAAAUGAUAAUGCAGUAUGGCACACCAAAAGGUAUUUGACACCCCUAAUGAGCCGUUUCAAGAGCUAUGUAGUGAUUUGCAUUAAGUUGUCCGAGGCAGCUACUUUCGACGACGAUACCCAAGAUGCUAACGAGGACACCAUGUCGUCCUUCGGUGGACUCCGUAAGCCUAUGCGGAAAACGGAAACCCACUUCAAGCUGGAUCCCGCGGAAUAUCGUACCAUCACUGAUCCAUCAGAACACUUACAUGAGGGCAUAACAUCGGAAAAUGGAAGUAACUCAAUGACAAUGCUGAGCUGGCCGUUCUAUAGAGAUGCGAAUUGCAGCGAUAUGUUUAAACUGCUGUGCUACACAUUGAUGGUGGGUAACUUCGAAGCAUUCAGCAUCAUCCUGGAAAACCAUGAACCAUGUAUCAUGAAGCACAUCGAGAGCCACUGGUCAGUGCUGUUGAGUUACAUACCCAUAUGCUGUGACUACGCUAAAUGCCGCAAUGUAGUUGAGAAGGUCUUCAGACUCUCGAAUGGCUGCUUAGAAGAUAGUUACAUUAAAUUAUUUGAUUGGAUAGUAUGGAGACUGCAUAUUAUACUGAAGUCGACGAAGUGCUCCUUCUACUUGUCGUACAAGUAUCUAAAGACCAUGGCACUGCUGUUGUGCAGUGGGUCGACGAAGUCACCAGCCGUGGUAUGCAGGCAACAUUUUUUGGAGUCCCUAACAGCGAUAAUGAAGCAGCAUAUGAUAAUUAACAAUUACAAAACAAGCUAUGCUACCGGGGUACAGGAAUUGGAGUCCUCCAAACACAUACCCCUUACGGAGUACCUACAACUGAGAGCCAGUGAAAAGUUACAGCUGUUCUGUGAUUGUAUCGACAUACCGAGCGCGAAAAACGUGGAUUGCUCAUGCGAUGAGGUUUAUAAGGAUAAAUACGGUAUAUACCCAUCAUGUCUCUAUUGCAAGACACUAGAUGGUGUAGUAACCCUGAGCAAAUUCUUCCGAUGGAUCAAGACGGUACGAUGUGACAUUGAUUUGACAAAUCAAUACUGUGACUACAAUACAGAAUUUGCAAGGUUUUUCGACUCUAUCAAGCAUUGUGCCUAUGCAUCCAUAGAUGAUUACAUGGAGAAUAUAUACAGUACCCUAGAUGAAUGCGCUAAUUCUGGGAUAUUCGAGACUAUAUACGUACUAACCAAGUCUAUUAUAGGUACCCAGUUGCGUAACAGGGCCCAAACUAUCGUAUUCAGGGUACUGUUCAGCCGGAGAUUUAGCUAUAACAUGCUGGGGAACUAUUUUAUGUAUAAGUCCAUAUAUAUGUUAAUAGAAGACUUAACAGAAGAUGGUGAACUUGACAUUACUGACCUUGGCGACUCACACCUAAAUGCUUUGUGCACGGGUUAUACACCCUCGGAUAAACACCACCAAAACCCAAAGUAUGCACAUUUUCUAAAGUCAUGGGAAAAGGCAAAUGGGAAAUUGACAUACCAGCUUGUUCGGGAUGUCAUAACAUGCGAACUUAACUUCGCGGAGUCAUUGCUUAACAUAUUCUCACUGGUCCAGUUGCCACUGGGUAAUAAGAUUUUCUAUGUCGAUGUUGGCGAGAUCACUAAUGCACUAUACGAUAGUGAUACUGCCCUAAUGCUCAUGCAGCGCAUAUUGGUGUACAUCAUGGACCACCAACUGACCAUCGAGGACUUCCGCAACGCUUUGUAUUCACUCACAGAUGUCGUGUCAUACAUAAAUGACGUAUCCAUCCAAGAGGUAUACACAAUGUUCUUUUAUACCAUCGCCACGAGUUGCAACCAUGUAGGAUACCUAGAGGCGUUGUGCGACGUGUGGUUUGCGUCACACAACAAGGGAAUAGCGGGCAUUGGGUUGUUUUUACGUGAAGCUUUGCUUGCAGCGAAAGCAACGGUCUACCUCUUGAGCAACCAGCAUUACGUGAAUCCUACCCUCAUGAGAAUGGUAACUGAUAUAAUGCAUAACAUUCAUGUGUCUCUACCAGAUCGACUGUGCUUCAAGCAUAGGGUACAUGGAAACUCAAUGGAUAUACAUGAUGUAAUAGGGACCUUUCUGGACUUCUUAGGCAUAGAUUGGGAUGGACAGAGUCUGGACAAGGGGAUGAAUAUACUAUCCAUGCUAGAUAACGCCAAUAACUCUAAUUAUAUACCAGACCAGGAUGUGAUCAUAGCUGAUAUCAAGACCUUGGGGCUAUUGCAACGCAUGUCCACAGUGUUGAUCGAUCUCGACUGUGAUAUGAAUAGCUUAGAAACACGGCUAGGCACACUGUGCAAUAGUUUGUAUCACUGCAAAACUAGGAUUGUACAGGAUGCUUUUGGCAAUUUAGCGUCCAUAUUGAUCACGAAGGCAGAUGCCGCAGUACCCAACAGCGAGGCUUACUGGGAGUUUACCAUCUUUGCAGCUAUCCUGUGCACUAGCGUACCACAGGAUAUCGAACCAAGUGAUAAUGACGCAAAGGACCUGGGUCAUGUUAUCCAGUUGAUAAAGACGUCGGGAACUAUAGUAUUGCCAAAGCAUUUACGUCAAGGAGUUAGUGAGAUCCUGGAGGUGUUGCGUUGCCUAGUGCAUGAUGGGCAGCAUCAUGAAAAGAUUGAGCACGUGCCGGAAGACCCGGAAUUGUCAACGCUGCUAUACAGGUUGUUUGGGACAUCAUGUGUAAAUGCAGGAGAUUAUGUUGGAUUGUCAAAGGUAAUGGACCAGGCGUCGCCAUCCGAUAUCCCAAAGCUUGCAUCGUUCUUGAAAGAGGCUGUUUUUAAUCUACCAGAUAAACUAGAUCGUAGUACUGUUGAUUUGGAGGACUCACAGGUAUCACUAUUCGAAGUGCUCACAGGGCCAGACACUGAUACCGGUGUCGAGCCAAUAUCUUCAUACCCAGACCUGAAAGUAGAUGACCUUUCCAUGCGAAGUGCAAUACUGAAGUUGCUCAGCAGGGUUAACCUAACAAAAGUGGAGGUGUGCCAGCAGGAUAAGAUGAAAAUAUCGUUUGAUACGCUGGCACACCAUUUUACAGGUAACAGUGCAAGCGGGUUGCUCAGCAAAGCCUUUGGAAAAGCUGAAACUGGGCUCUCAUCGAUUAACAUCAAGAAGAUGCAGUUCGAAUCGCUCAAAGGAAAGUUCUUCGCGUUAUCGAAAAGGAAUAUGGACGCCUUUAACGUCUGCUUUUUGCCGCUGCUGAAUUACUACAGUACCGGGGUUAUAUGCCAUACGAAUUAUGUAUUAGAAGACCCAGAACACCUGGAAAUGGAUGCGUCGCCCAGGGGAGCUAUAAAGUGGCCCACAUACUCACAAACCGAACUGUUGCAACUGCUUCGUGGGCAUACCCAGCUAGGUGUAAUGAUGCUACUAGAAAAUUGUAACUUCAAGCCGAAUAUGCUUUUUAUCGAGCAGAUGCAUAGAAUAUUCCACAACUUCAAUGUACACCAGUGCCUGCGGGUCCUGGCAGAGGUAAUUCCUACCCUCGUUAAAUUCAGCUGGCCGAGUUACCUGAUAUCACACCUGGAAACGGUAGUGCAGUUCCUAGAACAGUUUAGAACAUUCCCUUUGGAUGCAGAUAUUUAUAUAGGACGCUUCGUGGCAAGUGCCAAGUACAGAAUGGAGUUGUUUUCCCAAAUCUCUACAUAUCUACUGGAUAAUGUGGAUGAUGUGCUGCAUAUAUACAGAUGCCUGGAUAACCUGUUUUCUUGCAAGCAGCUUGUAACACGCCGGGAAAUCACUAGAAUCGAGUGUAUCACAGAGGAAUUGACAGGAUCUAUAUGGCAUAAUAACCCGCCUGUAACACAAGGGUUUGGUAUAGAAGAUACACUACUAAUGCAGGAGUAUGUCCAUGUACUCAUAAGGUCACUCGAGAAGAAUAUAUGGGAAGCAAAUCCAAAUGAACUGGCUUCAAAGGUUAAGGGUGUUGAGCCAGAUUUCUUAAACCUGGGAGACCAAUAUCGCGACUCACUAAUAGCCAUGUAUAGUGUAUACGUGCAGAAAAGAAUGCAUAAACCAGUACAUUGGCUCUUAUGGAGGAAGCUUGUGUGCCGUUACCUCCAUGUGUACCCAAAUGAUAUAGAGCUCUUUAACGAAUUGUACAUGCCAGAGUCAGAGGACAUGAUCAAUUUGCUGGAAGUGUUGCUACGAACUACAGAUGGCUUUGAUAUCACGGAAGUUGAUAGGUUUGACACAUUCAAACGCAGAUUAACAAGAAAGAUUAAUGUCAGGAAUUACUACGAAAUAGCAAGCUACAUGAGGCAUGUAGAUCCAAUGGCAGCAAAGGAGAUUAUAGAGUCAGUACACGGUAUGAUUAAAAUACCAGAUAAAACACUGGGAUUCGAUGCAACCAGGCAACUGUACGAACUAGAUAUAAAAUCAACCAGCCAAUGGUAAACAAUAUUGAAUUUAUAUAUACUAGAGAAUUUUAACAUAG